AUGCUUGCAGACCCUAGAAUAGCUGAGAAGAAGAUGCCCAUCUUGCACGGGUUCCUCAACAAUAAGGUUGAUCAGCCAGCAGCUUCGCCACCCCAGGAGACAAUGCAGGCACUAGUUCUGGAUCGCAUCACCGACAGGCCGUGGCAACUCUUUUCCUGCGACGCCCUCAAAGGCGAUGGGGUUGAGGAGGUGGGUCUACCGCUACUCACGUCCGAAUUGCGCAGUGAGACUGAUGUCAAAGUGCGACAUCCGUCUGGACCCGAUCUUCGCAUGCCUGGCAGCGAGGCCGCUGCUGAAGAUCGAACUCUGCAUGCAGGCACUUCGCUCCUGGUGGAAUUUGUGAUGAAAGAAGUUAGUGCAAGCAGGUUGCAGCGGUCUCCCAAGGAAUAUCCAUGUGACACACAUAGGUACCGGUGUGACCUUUGCCCUCUACCGAUGGACACUUCGCCGACGGAUCGAACCGUCGGUUGCCAUCAGAUGCUACAUGCAAGCCGUUCAGAACACCAGCCAGAGCGCUGCCUUCACCCAGCUUCCGGCAUGGUCGAGCCGGAUAAGGAAGCCCAAAAGCAGUCACGGGGCGCAGGAAAAGCCCAGGGCACAUCUCCAGCUGCUCCGCUGCAGGAGGGCGAUGCAGCUGCUGGAUCCGGCAAGGAUACUUCUGCGGAGGGCGAUGCUGCAGCCGGCUGUGAGGCGGUAUGGGCGACAGUCGAGGCCGUCGGGCCAUUCUUCCGAGCAUAUCCCGGACAGCCCGGGCACAGCGAGGCCGAAGCUGCUGGCGGUCAUGGUGCGGCCGAGGCCAUUUGGCCAGCUGCAGAAGCAGGACGUAGCAUCGGCUGGCAGAAAUCCAGCUGGACUUCUAACCUGCAUCUGUCUGUGCUUCGAACAGCCCUUGUCGUUGCCGUCACCAUGCUGUGGCGCAGUUCGGCAGGCGAGUCGGUGACCUGCACGUCUUGGACGACAGCAGCACCGGCUGAAUGCGAACGGAAAUCUGACGGAGGCAGCUCUAUGGGCGUGCGCCGAUCCAGCCCCUCAGGAUACCUAGGUUUCUGCAUGGGCCCGAAAGAGUCGGUGGCGAAGGCCGUGCAACAGCCCAACCUGGGCCUGUGUGGAGUGCAGAUACAAAGCGGUCGAGACCAGGAUCAUGAGUUCAAGGUUCUUCGGCUGCCUCGGUGUGGCCAGUGCAGCGCGCCGGAGUUCGAGCCGAACAUUGAGACGGAGCUGUCCUUCUCGAGCUCUGACAAGGCGGUUGGCAGCAGCAAGUCCAUCCUUCAGAGGAACAUCAUGGUCGCCAAGGCGGUGAUAAGUGACAUAUACCGUGACCUGGAAAGCCGCUGUGUGACGGAACAGCGGCAGUACGAGGACUCUGGCUCCAGCCCGUCGCAGCAGAAAUUCAACGUCUGGGCCACUUACACCAACAAGGCCCGCUUGCAGCACUUCGCAGCCGAGUCCCUCGCUUUCGUCCAGCGGAAUGCCGAAUGCAGGAGCCGCCUGCUCAAUGCCAAGCAGCUGCGGUUCCUCAUCAUGCUACAGCACCUUCUUAGCGAGGACUGCAGCGAUGCCAACCGGCCCGAAGCGCUUCGAAAACACCAGGACACCUUUGAAGGGAUCCUCACGGACAGUGUCAGCUCACAGCUGGUCGAGGAUGCGCAUCGCUGCGAGUUCUCCAUUGACGGCACCUCCUUCAGCUUGCAGGAUUUGCCUCACAUCGAUGCUGGCCUGGAAGAGAGGAAACACCGCAUAGUUCAGUUCCAAACGGAGCUGGUCCAGGCGUUGGAGACCUUUCUGCUGGGCUUCUGCAGCCGCAGAGGGCUGUCUGCUGGCGGGACAAAGAGACUCAUGCAGGCAGUGACCACCCAAAUGUCGCAGGCCGGCGUGGCGAACAUAGACCGUGGCUCCCAAGCUUCGAGGUACUUCGUGGGAUCUCAAGGUUUGGACCAACGAACGGCCUACAACCUCUCCACGAUGAUGUCGCCCAGCGGCGAGGCAUUGAAGCUCUCGAUUCUCUGCAUGAGAACGGGCUUCACCCAGUACCUGGACAAAGACGAGCUUCUCAAGUUGGCAGGUGUGCAGUAUCCAAGGCGGUGCAAGCCGGAAUCGUAUCUGUACCAGUAUGCAACGCUAUGCUUCUUCGUCGGUGCCCAGGUGGACAACUGCGAGAGCAUCAAUUGCACAGUGCUCGAUGCUCUGGACGAGGCCAACAUCAGUCCAGCACUCGCGGAAGAUGAAGAGGAGGUGAUUCUCGACGAAGCACGCCAGCAGGUUACAUGA